AAUCUUUCCAGUCCUUGCCUUUUCAGCCUGAAACUCUCCUCAGCAUGGCACAUCGGUAUGACUACAUCACCACUGAGAGACUAAGACAAGAGAAUGGAAACCUCAAACUGGAAAUCAACAAAUUAAGGACACAACUACAGGACAGACAAAAUGAAUUGCACAACUUCAAAGAAAGAAUGGGGAAAGUAGUGGACCUGACAUUAGGAAGUAGUGGGGUUUUGUCUGAAGACCUCACUAACCCCUGCAGAGAAUCUGAACUGAAACAUAUGUAUGAGAAAUUAAGCAAGAAUCAAUGGGCGAAACUUCUGCGGCAGCUAAAGACAGGAGGACCUGAAAUGACCAAAGAAAAAAUAAAAGAGAACAGGAAGAAGGCAGAGGACGUGAUCCAGGCUGUUCUGAGAAAAUCACAGCAUGACAUUCAGAACAUCACGGGCACAAUGUUGCGCCUCACACCGAGCAGCCAAGAUCCUUCCAAUAACUCUAAGUACUUUGAUUUGGCCAUCCAAAAUCUUCAGUUGGCGAUCUAUGAGGAAAAGAAGGAACUCUACAACAGGGACAAGUUGCAGGACGUUCCUGAGGCUUUGUACUCGAUGAUUCAUGAUUGCUACAAGACUGGCUGUUUGAUGGCUUUACACAAUCCACCUCUCCUGCUGGACUGGGACAGCUGUGUUCAAGGACCGUUCCCUCCGAUAAAGACCGGGAAGUUUUGUCCUGUUAUAGAGAGAGAUGAGGAAACAGAUACUCUUCGAAAGAGUUCUGCUGCUCAGGCUGGAGCUCAGAUUCCUCAUGGAAACAGAGAAAUAGUGAAACCUGAACUUGUUAAAGAGAAAGAAGAGGAUACAGGUGUUCUUCAAAAGGGACCUGAACCUCACAAAGAGAGAGAAGAGGAUGUAAAUGAAGCUCCAAGGGUGACAUCACUUCCUGUUCCUGCUGCUGAAACACAAACGCCAACUUAUCAGAGACAGAGGAGAGUCCCGGCAAAGCCUGACUUUUACAAUGAGAAAGAAGAGGAUAUCAACAAUCCUCCAGUGACAAAGCCUGAUUUUGGCAAAUUGAAAGAAGAGGACAUAAACACUUCUCUAAUGGUUUCUGCUCCUCCGCUACAAGUUCUGACUCCCCAAAAACGCAAACAUAGUCUGGUUUCUGCUCCUCAGCAACAACCUCAAACUCCUCAGAAACACAAUAGUGAUUCGGUGAAACCUGCUCCUCAGAAACAGAGACAAAAGAAUGAAAAUGCUGUUCAAGUGAAUUUUUCUGCUUCUCCAAGCAGACGUGAAACUUCUCAUAGACCUACAGGAGUACAGUCCAGUUUUGCUCUCGCCCGGAUGCUGUCACGGAUCACACCCAGCUGGCUCACAUCCAGCCACCGUUAAUCCCCUCUGCCCAAGUUGCCCAGUCAUACAGGAUCUCUUCUAUGGAUAACAUUGUACAUUUGAAGUUGAGCACUAAGGAGAUGUUCUUUUUCAAAGUCACCACUGUGUCUCUGCAUUAACUCCCCCAAGGCCUCUUUCCUCAUCAUUGUUACCUGUGUCUUUACUUAUGCAAUUCUGUCACCUCACCAGCAUUGCACCAAUUUUUUACUGUAAUCAUUGGUGUCACCUGUGCCUAGUUGAUUAAAUAAACAGUAAUUAUGUAGUGA